CCGAUUUGUAAAUAUAACAAUGGGAUUUGCAUACCCGUGAGACAUCAGCCUAAUGUACAAGGUGCAUCUGUGCCAGUGUAAGAGGAGCCAUGACGCUCACAAGGGGAUCGUUCAGCUAUUCUAGUGGCGAGGAGUACCAUGGAGAGUGGAAAGAAGGGAGGCGUCAUGGCCUUGGGCAGCUGAAGUUUGCUGAUGGCACCUGCUACAGGGGUCAGUUUGAGAAUGGCCUUUUCCACGGCUGCGGCAUCCUCAUAUUCCCCGAUGGAUCCAGGUAUGAGGGAGAUUUUGUUCAAGGCAAAUUUCAGGGUGUGGGAAUCUUCAGUCGUUUUGAUGGGAUGAAGUUUGAGGGUGAAUUCAAAUGUGGACGCGUGGAAGGAUAUGGUCUGCUGACGUUCCCAGACGGAACCCAUGGUGUGCCACGGAACGAGGGCCUGUUCGAGAACAACAAGCUGCUGAAGCGAGAGAAGAGCCAGGCGGUGGUGCAGAGGGCGCAGGGCUCGGCCGCCAAAGCCCGCACCCUCACCGUAUGACCUCCAUUUGACCUCCGCGACCUUAACCUCUGACCCCCUGCAGCCUCUAUGUAUGACCCCGCGGCGUCUCUGUAUGACACGAGGAGCCAAACACCACUCAGGCCUGCCUCUCCAUGCGACCCCUCGUCCGCGGUAUGACCUCCGUAUGACCCCUAAGGCCUCUCAGUAUGACCUUCAUAUGACCCCAUGACCUUGAGUUACUGUAUGUCGCCCACAGCCUCUCAGUAUGACCCCUCCUCGACCCUAACCCUAUGACCCCAGGUGGUGAUGCAGAGGGCGUCAGCCUGACAAGGCUCGCAGCCUGUCAAUGUGACCUCUCUAUGACCCCCGCAGCCUUGCAGUAUGACCUCUACACGACCCUUGCAGCCUUGCAGUACGACCCUUUACAUUUACAGUAUAUGACCCCAGAGGCCUCUCUGUAUGACGCGCCAUACACCACUCAGGCCUCUCUCUCCAUAGGACUGCCAGGGAGCCGCCGAGGCCUGCUGCGGCUGCCUCUCUGUCGUUUCUUUACCCCCUCGCCCCCUCCAUAGGACUCCCAGGGAACCAGCCCAUCACCACGCUGUACAUUUUUUGGAUUGUUAAUUUGAUUCGUAUUAGAGAGUAGGAUCAACUAUCAAGAGUGUUAAAUUCGACUCUUUUAGGCGUUGAAUUAACACUGCAAAAUUUGAUGUGCACUUGUGUGUAGGCCUGUCUCUAUGACUCCCUGCAGAACCGGCCACUCACGCCACUCAGUACAUUGGUAUUUUGCUGUGUCAAUUCAGCGCUUGAAGAGUGGCAACAACUAUGUACGUACAUAGAAUAAUGUUGACAAAUUGAUGAAUUGCUGGAUUCACAUUGCCCAAAAAGUGUGUGGAAUGAACACUGGAAAAUGCACGGUGUGAUUUCAGUACUUCAGCUCCUCUACAUGGGGAUCAGCUGGAAAGACUGUGAUUGGCUGGAGCAAAUAAUGUGGCUGUGACUUUAGCGCUCUGAGCCCAGGGAUGUCCUCAGCCCUCCUGUUCUGUCCCCUUGGCCUCUCCUCGCUGUCUGAGCCCAGGUAGCCCUGCUCCACUCACUCAAGCCCUGGCCAGCCCUCUGGGAUGGGUGACCUGGUUCUCACUCUACGACUUGCCCCCUCUCCCUUCCCCCCCUUUCCUUUCUCUAGUCUAUCUCCUCUCACCCUCUGUUGCCCUUCGCCUGCCCUCUGCCCUCCUCCUCCUUUCUUCUCCUCUUAUAGCUGUUAGUGAAUGGCGGUGUCACUGUACCCAAUUCACUAAGCCCUUCCACCCC